CCCAGCUACAAAGCUGAAGCCUAUUUACGCGGCCCUCAUCAGCAGCCACGCUCCUAGCGGCUCCUUGGAAGCUCCCGGGCUCUGGCCCCGAAGUCUGCGGCUAAAGGUCCUUGGUCGCUGGCCUUGGCCACCGGCUGACGAGCAGAGAUAAGGCGCUACCGACCCUCAGCCUUGGCGCUGGGAGACCAGUUCUCCCCCUCAGGGUCUCCGGAGAGGAUGAAGAAAGCGUUCUCGUCGUUGCUCCCUGCCACUCGGAAUUGCCGGCCGCUUUUUUCUGUGCAUGUGAUCGCGCGCGUCUCCUUUACUAUUUUCUCCUCUCUACCGCGGUGUCCAGCAACACAACAUACGCGCCUUCAUCCAGCCGAGGCUGGCCAGAUGACGCUCACGCUGACGGCCGACAUCUUCAAAUGUAGAGGAAGAAGCCUACGGCCGCCCGAGGACGCGGGACGCGCGCUCUCCCUCGCCCCGAUUGACGUCAUAAGCUGGAAUUCCUCCUCGCGGCGAACGCGGAGGCGCGCGCGCGCGCUCGUCCAAGGGUUCAACGAGGCACAGCCACAGCGAGAGGGGGAGAGCGAGUCGGCUAGCGGCUCCUUCGGGUAGCAAGAGUCGCGUCCAGGGGGCGUGACGGACAGGUAGCGUUCUUUAAAAAACAGAACAAAAACAACCACACGCACACACACGCGGUACCUUUGCCUCAACGCGGUCAGAGCCUUUUUCCGGGCAUGUGCAACCUCAGCACGUUCCUGCUUGCACCCGAGGCGUGAGUGCGGCGGCUUCGCGGUUCGAAUCCUUCUGACUGCUAAAAACCUCCAUUUCUUGCUGCACGGAAAACAGAAUGAAGGAGGUAAUGCCUAAUAACAGUACAACAAGUAUAUCUCAAGCAAGAAAAGCAGUGGAGCAGUUAAAAAUGGAAGCAUAUCUGGAUAGGAUAAAGGUAUCCAAGGCAGCUGCUGAUUUAUUGGCAUAUUGUGAUGCUCACAUGGGAGAAGAUCCCCUUAUUAUACCGGUGCCCGCAUCUGAAAAUCCCUUCCGGGAGAAGAAGCUUUUAUGCACUAUCCUAUGAUUCACCCUGAAAUUAAAAAUGUUAUCUGUGAAAACACAUUACUGAUGGUGCAUGCUUUUCCUCAAGGUUUCUCCCAUAUAGUAAGUUAGUCUAAAAGUAACCCUUUCUAGAAACAUGAUAUAUUCUAGGUUAAUACAUUUUAAGUGAAGGUCUUUAAUGUCAAUUUUUCUAUCAGUGGUAUGUGUUCAACAUUUCUAUUGUUCUCUAUUUGUGUUUUGUAAUAAAAGAAUCCUAUUUGUUUUUAAGUAUGUGAUAAUUAGAUUUUGUCAGUUAAAUUUCAUGAACUGUCUUUGACUUGUUUGCACAGUAGACUAGCCAUAGCUUAUACAAUAAUGGCUUAUGAAUUAACCAAAUUGCCUGAUGGAACACUACAGUGAAUCGUAAAUCAACCAUGCAGGUUAGGUUCGCACAACACGCUGAGUCACAAACUGGCCAAUCGCCUUCUAGCCUCGUGUUGUGCAAACCAGGCUGUUUUUCAGAGAGACUAAAACUAUGAUGAGCAAUACCCACCAUCAAUUUCUUAACUAUUUUAUUUCCAUUUAAAAAGUGGGAAUUCAGCAGAGAAUGAGCUUGAUGAAUGUUUGAACUAUGAAUAUUAAAAUCAAAUCAGAUCUUCCCAACUAGCUGCCUUAUACCAGGUCAAACAUCUUGUCAACUUGGAAUUAUCUGUGCCGAUGGGCAGCACUUUUUCAGGUUUUGAACAGGAGCCUAUUCAAGGCCAACCUGACAUGCCAAGGAUUUAAUUUAGGUCUUUUAAAAUUUAAAACAUGUUCUUUAUCAUUCAGAUGUGGCUCUUCUCCUUUUUUGGAUUGCAGUAUGCUAACUGCAGUGGGCAGUAACACUACUAAUAAUGAUUGUAAUAAUAGUAUCAGCACAUGGAAAACCUGCAGGCCAAAUGAAGACCAUGCUGAUUUCAUUCCAUAGGUCAAACUGUCGUAGUGUGGAGUCCAGUUCAAAUAAAGAAUCAUUUCUCAAAAUCUUAUACACGUUCAUUAUAGUUUCUGUGGAUACAGAUUCCCAUUUAACACCAUAAACUAUGCAGCCUGCAGUAAAGGAUGAUGUCAUCUAGAUAUGUUCCUUAAUAUUCCAGAUUAUUCCAGAUUGGGAUAAAUACCUCCAGUCUUUGUAAUAUGCUAAAUAAAGAUUUUUAGUACCGUUGAGUGUUUAUUAAGCAACAUAGAUUUAUAUGGUCUUUAUGUUGGCUCUUUAAAAAUUUCUUAAGCCAAUGCUGGCAAAAGAUUAUUUGAUUUCAGACAAUCUGUUAUAUAGUUCAUUUGAUAUAUGCUGUAUGAUAAAAUGUGCUGUUAAUCAUAUUCUCCUUA